GUGUCUUUUACUCUCCAAAACCAUCUACAGUUCAGCAGUAUUCAUCUUUUAUAUAUUCAAAAAAUACAAAUCCAAUAAUAAACCAUGAUGUUGCUGUAGCAAGUUGCUAUAAAUUAAGCAAACUUUGACCUUUUCACUUUAUUCUCAUUCUGCUUUUGUCUUGGUAAACAAACUAUAAAAAAGCAGAACCUCAUCACAAUCUCUCAACACACAGAACUUCAAACAUCAAUCAAAGCCUUUAUACUCUCUUCUAAAGAAAAAAUCAAAUGGAUGACAUAUCAGUGGGCAAAAGCAACCAUGGAAACGUUGUUGUACUAAACAUCCAAGCUCCUCCUGUUUCAAAAACUUCACUUCCUUCUUCUCCUCCCACAUCUCCACCAUUGUUAUCUGUCCACUUCUUGCAAAAGCUUAUAGCAGAACUCGUGGGAACUUACUACUUGAUAUUUGCGGGUUGUGCCGCUAUUGCCGUGAACGCUCAACACAACAAUGUAGUGACUCUUGUGGGCAUUGCAGUCGUUUGGGGUCUAGUGAUAAUGGUUCUUGUUUACUCUCUCGGCCACAUCUCUGCACACUUCAAUCCGGCUGUCACCAUAGCCUUAGCAUCUUGCAAGAGAUUCCCUCUGUAUCAACUCCCAGCAUACUUAACUGUUCAAGUCAUCGGAUCAACAUUGGCUUCCGCGACUCUGCGUAUUCUGUUUGACCUAAACAAUGACGUGUGCAGCAAGAAACACGAUGUCUUCCUAGGAUCAUCUCCUUCUGGGACUGAUCUUCAAGCAUUCGUGAUGGAGUUCAUCAUCACCGGCUUCCUUAUGAUAGUUGUUUGUGCCUUCACUACCUCCAAGAGAACAACCAAGGAACUAGAGGGGUUAAUCAUCGGUGCAACGGUCACCCUGAAUGUUAUCUUUGCCGGAGAGGUAUCAGGAGCAUCAAUGAAUCCAGCAAGAAGCCUAGGGCCUGCACUUGUGUGGGGAUGUUACAAAGGGAUUUGGAUUUACUUGGUGGCUCCAACACUUGGAGCUGUCUCUGCGGCCUUGAUUCAUAAACUGUUACCGGCUACACAGAAAGCAAACUCUGAGUUCUCCAAGACAGGAUCUUCUCAUAAACGAGUUACUGAUCUUCCUUUGUGAUGAUUGUAGAUAAAUAUUUAAGGUUAAUCCUGUUCUUGUAUCUUUGUUCAAUGGCUUGAAUUGUAAGUAAUCAUUAUCAGUAUACAUAUAUACUCGGACAGCAACUACUAUUCGAUUCAAGUAAGAACUGCAGACUGCAACAUUCUAAUUUUGACAAAUCAAAGCGAGCGAAAAAUCCUUGAAUGCAGAGAGGUACCUUGCCAAGAAAGCAUGAGAAUGUCAAACAAAACCUAAAGAAGUUUUUUUUUUUAUAGUCUCAACUAGAACCCUAGUUGCUUACCUGUUCAAUUAUGAGGGAGUAGACAUCAACGAAUAUGGCAAAGCAGCCUCCAGAAGCAUAUGUGCCUCUGAUCUUCCCGGUUUAUUCAAGCACAUGAGGUUUUGUGCAACUUGAUAGAAAAAAAAAACUAACUAUGAUAGCUUAAAGAGGAGACAACACAAUUUCCCAAAAACAGCUUGAAUCUAAAAGUCAACUCUUGAGAAGAUCGAAAGUUAAUGGAUAAAUUGUGCAACUACUCCA